CAUUCAAUUUCCGCCCCACCAAGCGAAAAUCGAGCGGAGAAUAGUUAAUUUCCCUCGGCCUUCUGUCUAGAAAACACUGGAGACCCGCCGCUCUAUCCCAUACUCGGCUACUCCUCCUCUCUCUUUCUCUGCAAUCUCAGUAGGCGCGAUAAGGACUCUUACACUCAUAUGCGCUUCUAACUCCUUCUCUAAUGGGCUUCAAUCCCACACUCUCUCUCUACACUUAUCCAACGGUUUCAUUUCCAGCCGACCAGCGAAAGUGCGGACAGCGAAGCGAAUUUCUGCUCGGCAGCGGUGCCCAUGGUUUACCUUUUCUACCUGAUACGGUGUCGUUAGCGGCUCGGAGACGCUGCUUACGAUUCAGGAGUUUGGUGACGGAGGUUUCUUCAAGGGCCGGUGGAGCGCCAAGUCGUAGGAGAGUGUAUCGGCAAUCUCAGGGAGAGAACGCGCUCGCUAACCCUCCGUUUAAGCAAGCUGCCUCGGUUGUUGCUCCGGCCGGUGCUUUCUUGGCCUUUACUUUCGUUUUGUGGAAAUUGGUGGAGAAACUUCUAAUGCCAAAACCAUUAGGAACUGCAUAUGCAAAAAAUAAAACUUCUGCACAAGGAAUCAAUUGGUCAAUUGCCCCAGGCUCAAAUUUACUACGAGGUUUUACCGCAAAGGUUGAUCGAGAGUCCAAGCAGACGCUCAAUGAGUUUGCGAAAGAGCUGAGAUCAUUCCCUAGUGUUGACAUGUCAGGUCGCAACCUUGGUGACGAGGGUGUGUUUUUCCUUGCUGAAAGCUUAGGGUACAAUCAGACCGUAGAAGAAGUUAGUUUUGCUGCAAAUGGGUUAACUGCAGCAGGAAUGAAAGCUUUUGAUGCAGUUCUUCAAUCAAAUGUUGUCUUAAAGACACUCAAUCUCUCGGGAAACCCUAUUGGAGAUGAAGGAGCUAAGUGCCUAUGUGAUAUUUUGGUGAACAAUGCUGGCAUUGAAAAGCUCCAGUUGAACAGUGCUGACUUGGGGGAUGAGGGUGCAAAGGCUAUUGCAGAAUUGUUGAAGAAAAAUUCAAACUUGCGAGCUAUUGAACUUAACAAUAAUAUGAUUGACUAUUCUGGAUUUACAAGCCUUGCUGAAGCACUUUUUGAAAAUAAGUCCGUUCGGAGCCUACAUCUCAAUGGCAAUUACGGCGGUGCACUGGGGGCUAAUGCUUUGGCUAAAGGACUAGAAGCGAACAAAUCUUUGCGGGAACUUCACUUACAUGGGAAUUCUAUUGGUGAUGAAGGAGUUCGUGCUUUAAUGUCUGGUUUAUCUUCACAUAAAGGAAAAAUUUCCCUUUUAGACGUUGGAAACAACGCAAUUAGUGCAAAGGGUGCAUUUCACGUUGCGGAAUAUGUAAAGAAGAGCAAGAUCUUGUUAUGGUUGAAUCUUUACAUGAAUGACAUAGGCGACGAGGGCGCUGAAAAAAUUGCAGAUGCUCUGAAGCAAAACAGGAGUAUAACACACAUAGACCUGGGGGGAAAUAAUGUACGUGCCAAGGGAGUGAGUUGCAUAGCUCAAGUUUUGAAAGAUAAUGCUGUCGUUACAGCAUUGGAUAUUGCAUAUAAUCCCAUUGGACCAGAUGGAGCAAAGACCUUAUUGGAAGUUCUUAAGUUCCAUGGAAAAAUACAAUCCUUAAAGCUUGGUUGGUGUCAGAUUGGAACUAAGGGUGCUGAGUUCAUUGCAGAUACUUUGAAAUAUAACAAUACCAUAUCAAUUCUUGACCUACGGGGAAAUGGCCUCAGAGAUGAAGGUGCAAUUUGCCUAGCCCGCAGUUUGAAAGUGGUGAAUGAAACUUUGACGUCACUCGACUUAGCGUUCAAUGAAAUAAGGGAUGAUGGGGCUUUUGCCAUUGCUCAAGCACUCAAGGCUAAUGAAGAUGUGAAGAUAACAUCUCUAAACCUCGCCAACAAUUUUCUUACAAAAUUUGGGCAGACUGCACUCACCGAUGCCAGAGAUCAUGUAUAUGAGAUGAAUGAAAAGGAAGUUGAAAUAUUUUUCUAGAGGACUUGACCGCAAGGUAGUAGUGAAAUAAUUUUUGAAUUCAUAGUAGAGCAGGAUCCAUUUUUUGUGGGGGUUAUAAUUAUUCCGGCGAAUACCGAUAGAAAUUCAUGAAUUCUAAAUUUUAAACUCCAUCCAACGUUCAUUAACAAAAUCAACAGUCGGGAAUUUUGUUGUUGAGAAAUAAUAAUAAUAAUAAUAAUAAUAAUAAUGAGCUUCAUGGUUGACGCAAA